GAUAUAAGAUAAAAUGAAUAAGUAAACGAAGUUUAGUAAAUAAUAUUUAGAUAAUAACAUGAAUGGGAAGGACAGAAUAUGAGUUUCCUGUUUACAUUUAUGAGCGUAGUUUUAUAGGAGAAUAAAUCAAAAUGCCGCCAGAUAUACAUCUCGACAUUAUCAACUUUCAAAACUCCAACGGCAGCUUUGAUAUGGACAUUAAACAAAACAUAACGUACGAGGAAAUGGACACAGACCAUGCUUUAGAAAUACGAGUUACGGCCUUGGCAAUGAUCGGAAUAGCUUUAUUUAUUGUUAUUGGACUAAGCGUUUCCCUCAUAUGGAAAAGAAAAAGACGACAACCUGUACACCAAAGCAAAUCAAACGGAAUAUCAAUGAAUGACAUCCCAAAAGCAAACAGAGUAGACAUACAUAAUGACAACGGUGGCAGUUCAUUGAAUAAUAAAUCAAAAGCACGUGGAUUUUCAGUGAUGAAUAUUUCAGAACAAUAUAAACUCUCAAUGGAUAGAUCGUCAGACAAAUGGAAAUCUUUAGACUCAAAUCUUUCCAAUAUCCAUAGAAUAAAAACGGAUCAUUUAGCUUGGAAUGCUGUAAAUACUCUAUGAAAUAAAAUAUGCGAACGGACCAUGACAUAAAGGUUGUACUGGUGCUGUGUUGCCAUUUCAAACAUUUUGUUUAAUAUGACAUGUCCGAAUUUUAUUUACAUAUUUGUGAUCAUGUAUUUUUAUACGUCAAACGCUUUUGAAAUACAUUAAAGAAGUCAUCUUCUUAUUGAAUUGAUUGAAAACAUAAAAUUCGGCUAUAAACAACACAAAAUAGCUACGAGAAGAUAAUGAUAAAAAACCUAGAAUAUCAUACAACUGAAAGUAUUAUGAUGACUUAUAUUGAUCCAAUGAUGUUUUUAUUCUAUAUUGACUUAUAGUAAUGCCUGACAUUCAGGAACACUCAAUGAGAGAAUAUACCCUCAAAAAGAUAAACAUAUUCUUUUUUAUUCGGUAUUGCAUUAAAAUGGAGAUAACUUC